AAAACUCGGCGCACUGCUCGUCCUCUUCGUUCGCAGCUCUCUCUAGUCAAUAGUCGUCGCGUGCGUAGACUCACUCGACCCUCUCACACGCACAGCACUCCCGGCCUCUCCAGAAUGGCCAGAAACCUAGUCGGAUCUCUGGUGCUGGUCUUGGCAAUUUCGCUUUGCGAGGCUGCAUCGAUCUUUCAGCCAAUCUCAGAAUCCCAUCGAUCUGCGGCCUUGGAGCUCUUCACGCCCGCCGAUGGGUCUUUCGGAAGCUUAGAAGAGACAUACGAGGCCUUAAGAACAUUUGGGAUACUUGGAAUCCAAAAAAAGCCUGACAUAGGCACUGGUUCUUGCCAAUCUGUAUCUGAAACUCUUGAGUCAUCAUCUUCUACUACAAAAGAUUUAUUCUUCGCACUAAAAGUUAAUAGCAUAUUGGAAUGCAAGAUUGAUGAGGCAAUCUUCCAGGACAUCACUUCAAGGCUUAAAGCUGUUGUCAAUGAUGGAAAUUCAUUGCUCGACUUCUACUACUCAAUAAGUAGUUUGGUACUUAUUAAGGAUCAAAAUUCUAGAGUUGAUGUACUUCUUGGUGAUGCUGAUGGAAUUUUCCGUUCAAUCAAGGCUUUGAGUCAGAGUGAUGGAAGGUGGCGCUACAGUUCAAGUAAUCCUGAAUCUAGUACCUAUGCCGCUGGAUUAGCCCUUGAAGCACUUGCUGGAGUUAUAUCUUUAGCAUCUUCUGAAAUUGAUCACUCCUUGAUUGUUACAUUAAAGAAUGAUAUAGUGAAGCUCUUUGACAGCAUUGAGAAAUAUGAUGAUGGAUCCUUUUACUUUGAUGAGAAACUUGUUGAUGCACGUGAGCAUCAUGGUCCUCUUUCGACUACAUCCGCAGUUAUUAGAGGGUUGACAGCAUUUGCAUCUGUGACUUCUGGAACUAUCAAUCUUUCAGGCAACAAGAUAUUGGGUUUGGCAAAAUUCUUCCUUGGAAUUGGAAUUCCUGGAAAUUCCAAAGACUUCUUCAACCAAAUAGACUCGUUGGCUUGCUUGGAAAGCAAUAGGGUUUCUGUCCCACUGAUUUUGUCACUUCCAGCUACGGUGCUUUCAUUAACCAAGAAAGACCAGUUAAAGGUUAAAGUGGAUACUGUGCUUGGAUCUAGCGCGCCACCUUUAACAGUGAAGCUCAUGCAAGCCUUCAUUUCUGGUUCAAAGGAUUCUUCCGUAAUUGAGACCCAGGAACUCAGGUUUGACCCAGAAAAUGCGGUUCAUUUAUUAGAUGUUUUGCCCAAGAGUGUUGAUGUUGGAAAUUACAUCUUUGUUUUUGAGAUUGUGCUUCAUGAUUCUGUCGACAAAAAAGUUUAUACAACUGGUGGACAAACUCAAGUUCCACUAUUUGUUACCGGAGUUAUCAAAACUGACAAUGCAGAAAUUGCAGUACUUGAUAGUGAUCUUGGCAGCAUAGAAACCCAGAAGAAGCUUGAUCUGGCUGGGGAAACUUCUGUAUCAUUAUCUGCAAACCAUCUCCAAAAACUGAGACUAUCCUUUCAAUUAACCACUCCUCGUGGGAAGUUUUUUAAGCCACAUCAGGUAUUCCUCAAGUUGAGGCAUGAGACCGAGGUUGAACACAUAUUUGUGGUGGGGAACUCUGGCAAACAGUUUGAGAUAAUUCUAGAUUUUCUAGGACUGGUUGAGAAGUUUUUCUAUCUCUCUGGCCAAUAUGAUAUUCAGUUAACUGUUGGUGAUGCUGUCAUGGAGAACUCCAUUUUGCGGGCUGUUGGCCAUGUCGAACUAGAUCUACCCGAAGCACCUGAGAAGGCACCCCAUCCUCCUGCACGACCUGUUGAUCCUUACUCAAGAUAUGGGCCUAAAGCAGAGAUAACCCACAUCUUCAGGGCUCCAGAAAAGCGCCCACCUAAGGAACUCUCUCUAGCUUUUCUGGGUCUUACCCUUUUGCCAUUUGUUGGAUUUUUGAUUGGGCUAUUACACAUCGGGGUGAAUCUAAAAAACUUCCCUACUUCGGCGGUACCAGUGACAUUUGCCAUCCUUUUCCAUCUUGGCAUUGCAGCAGUUCUUUUGCUAUAUGCGCUGUUCUGGUUGAAGUGGGAUCUAUUUACAACAUUGAAGACUCUUGGCUUCUUGGGAGCUUUUUUGAUGUUUGUGGGGCAUAGAACCCUUUCCCAUCUGGCCUCAACAUCUGCCAAAUUGAAAUCUGCCUGAAAGAAGAAUGAAAUUUUUCCUUCUCUUGAGAGACAAAUGAAGAAUGUGGAAUUUGACGAUAAACAGUGGGUGGGACUUCAAUCUCAAUUUUGUAGGACCUUUAUUUUUUUUGGGUAAUUUAUGUCGUGCCUGCCUGUUCCAUGAAUUUCAGUGAACAAGCUCAUAACAAUCUAACAUAUUUAAACCUUAAUUACUGGGUUUCUGACUGCA